AUAAACAAACCCGUCAAACCUUAACCAAAAAUUUAACAUCAAAACUCGUUCAUACAAUAAUCACUGUCAACAUUAAAAAAUCCAUUAAACGAACAAGACAUGUUCAAAACUCUCACGAAACCACCAUUCUCCAAAAAAUCUCUUGCGCUCAAUCCGAAUCAAAUAAAAUUUCGUUUCUUCAAUACGUGGUACACACAACAGCAACAGUGGAAAGCAGAUCAAGGUCAACACAAUCGACUUCAACAAGUCUUUUACACCGAAUCGAAAUCACAGCAAUUGCUGAAGCUCAGUACAUUGCCGAUUUUAAUUAGAUCAACAGCAAUUCAACAUUUUAGCAGCAGCACAACGGUUCAGAAUUCAAGCAAACGGAAAAUGGCUAAAUUAACUGAGGCAGAACGCAACACCGUAUUAAAUCCAUUACUCGCUAAAGGCUGGACUUUGGUGAACGGACGCGAUGCUAUCUACAAAGAAUUCAUUUUUAAGGACUUCAAUGAGGCAUUUGGUGUAAUGGCUCGAGUUGGUUUGUUAGCCGAACAAAUGAAUCACCAUCCGGAAUGGUUUAAUGUGUACAACAAACUUCAAGUUACUUUGUCCACACAUGAUGCUAGCGGUUUGACGACACGAGACAUUAAAAUGGCAACUUUCAUUGAAGACAUUAUACCAAGAGCUUAAGAUGAACGUCACAAAAUGCAAUCGAAUUUAUUAAAGUGCUUGAAGUUGUAACGAG